GCCGUUUCACCACCACUAUCAAACACGUCAAACACAUCCUACCCCUCCAGAGGUCAAUCAAUGCGAUCUGGGUGGUCAAUUCACCCGCCACUAUUAUUGACUAGCAAUUCAUCCAUUGCAAUAUGGACUCGCAGAGCAUGGACGCCCUCAACCUCUCAGACUCCGACUCCGACGCGUUGUUUGACACCCCCGCCGCGCGAAAAGCGAACAGCAAGCCGCCAGAUGAGGAUGGAGACAUGGCAGAAGGCGCUACCUCCGCGAAGACGCGUACAAAAGAGUCACACUACACCACAGAGGAAGCAAGAGAGGUAGCACUGCGAAAAGAGCUGGAAAACGUGCGAAACGUCAACAAGGUGAUUGAGGGGGUCGUAGAAAGCUUACAGAAGGCAAACAACAAUAUGGAUACGGUCUCCCGAACGGUACAUAAUGCGUCGACACUACUCCACACAUGGACGCGCAUUCUGUCACAAACCGAGCAUAAUCAGCGACUUAUCCUAAACCCUCAGUGGCAGGGCGCCACCCAAGACCUCGUUGAUAUUCAGAAUGAGGAGAUACAGCGACAACAGGCGGCUGAGCGCCGGGAAGCCGAGGAACAGGCUAGACGAGACGCCGCAGUAAGAAGAGCCGAUGAAGAACGCCGGAGAGCAGAAGCUACACCGAAAGCAGGCUCACGGGGGAGGGGUAGAGGCAGUGCCCGGCCACGUGGAGGAUCAACAUCGUCAGGAUAUGGAGGCGGAUCAGCGUCGUCAGGAUACGUUGGUGUUGGUGGGCAGGGCGGUCGAGGACUCAAUCGGAGUGGGUCGACGAGCAGCCGGGGGGGCACCGGUAUCGGACGUGGAUUGCGAGGAAGGGGAAGAGGACUGGGUUGAAUAAGUUAGCUGGUGCGUUCCACCUUCAAAU